UUUGUGAAUGAAGUGGCUGGGCGUGGCGUGGUCGGGGCUAAGGCGGCAUUUCUCGUCGCGCGCGGAUGGAGUGGGAUCGAUUUACGACAAGCUUUUCGUCGUCCAGCCGCGCUUCCAUCCGCCGCUGCUGCUCAAGGCCAAGCUCCUCGAGGCACUGCGCCUCGCCAAUUCACUCGCGCCCCUCACUGCCACGGAUCUCAAGUCGGAUUUCCCCUCGUAUGUGCUUGUCCAGGGCAGGAGGAAGAUCAAUGCAGGCACCUAUUUUGGAGCGGGGACUAUUGACAAUAUUCGCACGCAUUUGAACGUGAUCGACGUGGAAGAUAGAGAGAUCGAUGCCGUGUUCGUGAACACUUCCCUGUCCGGCGUCCAACAACGUAAUCUGGAGGAUGCUUGGGAAAGGCCGGUUCUCGAUCGCGUGGGCUUGAUCAUCGAGAUUUUUGGCAGUCGUGCACGAUCCAAAGAAGCCAAGCUUCAGGUGGAACUUGCUGCUCUAGACUUUAAGAGAACAAGGCUCAUCCGAGAAAAAGGAGAACGAAAGGCGUUUGGAGCUGGUGGAGAGCAGGAGGUUGUGAGUGCACGAGGGAGAGCAAGUGGUGGUGGUGGUCGAGGAUUUACGAGCGGAUCAGGAGAGUCGGAAUUGCAGCUACAACGACGGAGGAUUUCGGAUCAAAAGCAUAAAAUCCAGGUCGCUCUUGCGAAAGCAAAGCAGACACGAUCACUGCAUCGCCGCAACCGAGAAGGCAUUCCGUUGGUUGCAGUCGUAGGAUACACGAAUGCUGGGAAGUCAACACUUGUUGGAGCUCUAUCAAAGAGCAGCCUCUACUCGGAUGACAGGUUGUUUGCAACGCUAGACACGCAGGUGCGAAGUGUGAUUCUUCCUUCAGGAAGAAGGGUCCUGGUGAGUGACACCGUUGGAUUCAUAUCGGACUUGCCUACUCAGCUCGUGGAAGCGUUCCAUGCAACUCUAGAAGAAGUUGUUGCUGCGGACAUUGUUUUGCAUGUCAUGGAUUCGAGCGCUCCAAACAUGGACGAGCAGCGAGAGGCAGUUCUUAAAGUCCUGGGAGAAAUAGGAGUCUCUCAACAAGAUCUAGACGAGAAGACGAUUGAAGUGAUGAACAAGAUCGAUGUUCAUCCAGAUUGUGGCGAUCUUGAUCUUCCACCGGGUUUGCUUCUGUGCGAUGGCAAUGACGAAGACGCCCUGGUGAUCCCGUCCUCAGAGGAGUACAGGAAAGCAGUGGCAGCGGCCAACGCUCUAUCAAAUGGAAUCGAAGUCUCGAAUCCAGAAGAAGUAAAGGAAGAACACAAAGAAGAAAGUGAAAGCGUCGAGCACGAAGAAGUUGAGCUAUGGGGAACACAGCUCUUGAAGGAUGGAAAAAUAGCUCGAGUUUCUACGUCGGCAACGCAAGGCACUGGUUUGGAAAAUCUUUUGCAAGUGAUUGACUCGAGGCUUAAAAAUAAAUCAUAAGACCCAUACAACGCCAGUAAUUUAGGGUU